AUGUCUGACAAAAACAAACUCAAGUAUCAGGUAGCUACCAGGGAAGAUCGAUGCCUUAGUAAGAUCCUUGAAUAUCAAGCAAAUGAGUGGCCAGAUUUCAAAAAACUUAGCUUAGAUUGUAAGAAAUUUCACAAGAUAAAAUUUGAGUUAAGUGUUAAUGAUGGACUUUUAUUCUUUGGGGAUAAAUUGGUUGUGCCGUUCAGGCUUAGAGAUCAGGUCAUUAAGAUGUUGCAUGAGUCUCAUUUAGGCAUAGAAAAAACACGAAUGCGUGCGCGAAGACUGUUCUACUGGCCAGGCAUGUCGAAAGACAUUGAAGAAAAUAUUCAAAGGUGUCGAAUUUGUGAAAAAUUCAGGUAUAAUAAUCCAAAAGAGCCACUUAAACAGCAUGAUUCACCAGAGUUUGCUUGGGAAAAAAUCUCAAUGGAUAUAUUCGAGCAUGGAGGGAGAUCAUAUUUGUGCGUAUUCGAUGCGUACUCUAAUUGGUUGUGCGUUGAAAAGCUUCAAGAUAAAUCAAUUGAUCACAUUAUAAAUAGAAUAAAAUCUCAAUUAUUUGCGAAGUUUGGGGUUCCACUUGAAAUCCGAUCGGAUAACAAUCCGUUUAACAGCCGUAAGUUCAGGGAUUUUGCGGAAGAAUUCAAUGUUAGACUUGUGUUUUCUAGUCCACGUUAUCCUCAGAGCAAUGGCUUAGCAGAGAAAGGAGUGGCGAUUGCUAAACGAAUUUUAAAAAAAUGCUUCGAGGACGGUAUGGAAAAAGAUUUUCUGUAUCGAAUACUAGAAUAUAAUGCUACGCCGUUGGCAAAUAUGUUGCUGUCACCUGCACAACUUUUCAUGGGCAGAGAAAUAAAAACCAAAAUUCCUACAACUACAAACAACUUAAAACCACAUAAUAUAAACUCGAAAGAUGUUUCGGAGCGCAUAGAAAGAAAAAAGGAUCUACAAGCUGAGUAUUACAAUAGAAAUUCAAAACCCCUAUCCAAUUUGAAUGAGAAUGAUAAAAUUAUGUUUAAAAAAGAUGAAAAAGAUUGGUUGUAUGGAACUAUUUCUAAAAAAGUAAAUGAUAGGUCAUAUAUAGUUAAUGAUAGUGAAGAUAAUAAGUUUAGAAGAAAUAGACGCCAUAUUAGAUGUUCACUUAAUAGAGCGCCUUCAAACUUAUUAAAUGAUGAUAUCUAUACCGGCAACGGCAAUGAUCACUGUAAUGAAACUAUUGAAAUGGGUUCUUCCGAAAAUAAAGACAUGCAAGGAGGUCCCUCCAGUGAAAAUGUUGUCGAUGUCGGAAUAGACGUAACCGAUCGGCCAAGCAAUAUUGUAACAAGAUCAGGAAGAGUUGUAAGAGCACCGGAGCGUUAUGGCUAUUAA